AUGGAUUUGAGUUCAAUGGAGUUAGUGAUAACUACAUUUUGUGUGUUGGUGACUAUGGUACUGUUGUGUUGCCUAUGUUGUUUAUGUAUGAAACUUAGUGAUUUAAAGAUGCGGCACUACAUUGUGGAAACAGCUAAGAAAAGAGGCUUAAAUGUUGAGAUGGAAAAGCUUGAUCCUAAAUACAUUGAAAAAUCACCAUCGGCUAAUGAAAACUGUACAAUUAUUGUUCCCGAAGUUGCUAUCAUUCUG